UAGUUAGUUUAGAAGGGAAUAUAAAGAUGUGGAGUUCUUUCUACGUUGCAGCCGGACUAUUCCUUCUUUUCAACCUGGAUGUUGUUAAACUGCUACCCAGAACAAACUAUUGUACUUUAAAAAACUGUCCAGCCGACAAGGUGUUACCACAUAUUGGCUGCAAUAAUGAGGGAAACUGGUCGUCACAGUGUGGAACGAAGCCGAAGGUAGUUUUCUUAUCCAAGAAAACUCAGAAAUUCAUCUUACACUAUCACAACACAUAUCGCGACAUUGUGGCCGGAAGCAAGUUCCACAGGUUGCCCAACGCAGCUCGCAUGCUCAAAAUGAAGUGGGAUAGCGAACUGGCAUUCCUGGCCGAGCUCCUUGUGAUACGCUGUGACCUCCAACCCACGAAGCACUGUAUUUCCACGGAAGUAUUCUCCUCGCCGGCAUACCACGCGGUCUACAACAAGUUCAAGGCGAACUCGAGUAAACUUAGGAUUAUACGAUCCCAGCUGAAUGCCUGGUACGACCAGUACAAGCACGUCUCCGCACCCAGUUUAAUAGAUGGACUGUCCACUGAUAACAAGGAGAUCGGACACUUCCUGAGAAUGAUGGUGGGCCCAAGCAACCGGUUGGGGUGCGCCAUAGCCAGGUUCAAUAAGGAUGGAUGGACCCACCAAUGGCUAUCCUGCCUGUACAGCUGUUCACCCAAGAAGCACUCCCUGUUGUACGAGUAUUCUGCCAAGCCCGCCAUGUAUUGCACCACCGGCGUCGAUGGGAACUUCCAGCAUCUUUGCAAUGCCUCAGAGCCCGUGGUGGACUGCAAGCACUCUGAGUUGUUCAAGGAAGUGAUUACCAACGAUACUGCAUCGCUCAUCAGGGGUAUGAUGAACCAGCAGGUCAAGUCCAGGACUCUGUGUAGCAUCUGUAGUAUUUGCUGCCGGUGGUGGGAUUGGGCGGCAGGUACUUGGCAACUGGUAAAGAGUACUUGGAGUACCAUAACCGGCGGGGGUGGUGGAGGCGGUGAAGAGGGAGGUGGAGAAUGAAGUGAAGAAUAUUAGUGUUCUUAAACGCUUUGAAAUCCUUUGGAGUAUUCUUCUCAAGAGCUAUUCAUUUUUAAAAACUUUUAAAAGGGAAAACAAAAAAUAAAUGUAUUGAAAAAUCUU